AUGAGACUAGAACGAGCUAAGAUGCCCCUAGAUAUUAUAAUUGUUGGUGGGGUAGGGAUCGGGGGCGUGGCAGCGGCCCUGACUUUGGGGUUGCGGGGCCAUAAUGUCAUAGUGCUGGAGUCAGCUCCCAAACUUAUGGAAGUUGGAGCCGGUAUCCAAGUGUCCCCAAACAUGCUAACCCUGUUGGACCGAUGGGGCGUGUCUCCCUCAGUCCACGCUCGUGACGUCCCCCUGGAACGCAUCCACAUCCGCCGCUGGCAAAACGGGCAACUCCUCGGGACUACGCCCGUCAACAAGACACAUGGACAGCAGGUAGUCAUCCACCGCGCAGACCUGCACAAAUCACUAGUCGACAGCGCAAUAGCGCUACCCAACGUGGAGCUUCGCACCGAUUCAAACGUGUCAGGGGUCACGUUCAGCCCCGCAUCAGUGACCCUAACUACCGGCACAGUCAUCACAGGAGACGUGGUCAUCGCCGCCGACGGCAUCAAAUCUACCAUCCGAAGUCACCUACUAGGCGACGGAUGCAGCAGCCCCAUUUUAACAGGAGACGCCGCUUACCGGAUCACGCUGCCUCGAAGCACGAUGGAGAAAGAUACUGACCUCAAGCGCUUGAUUGCCGAACCGGCUGCUACGCGGUGGGUUGGCCCUGCGCGGCACAUUGUCGCUUAUCCGGUCCGUAAGCACGAGUUGUUCAAUGUGGUCUUGCUGCAUCCGGACCGGCGCGGGGUAGAGGAGUGUUGGACGACACGGAGCCCGAAGCAGAGCAUGGUAGACGACUAUCGUGGUUGGGACCCUGUUGUGACGAAGCUUAUUGAUCUGGUUUCUGAGGAGGAGGUGCCGGAGUGGAAGUUGUGUCUUCAUAGACCGUUGAAGACUUGGACUAGGGGGUGUGUCGCUUUGAUAGGUGAUGCUUGUCAUCCUAUGCUUCCCUACGUCGCCCAAGGCGCCGCCCAAGCAGUCGAAGACGCCGCUGCUCUCGGAAUACUUCUCUCCAGCAUAUCCUCUCGUUCUGAAAUCCCCCUCGCGCUCAAAGUGUACGAAACGUCCCGGAAGUGGCGCGCAGAGACCGUCCAGCAGUCAGGAUUCGACAACCGGAUAACGCUGCAUCUCCCAGAUGGCCCUCAGCAGGAAGCCCGCGACGAGCAAUUCCGAGCUUGCAGGUUGGGCGGAAAGAAUCCCGAUCGAUGGUCUGACCGUGAGACGCAGCGGUAUCUGUGGGGGUGGGAUGCGGAGAAAGCGGCCUUGCGGGCUUGGGAUGAGAGGAGGGGGCGUGUCUUAAGGGAAAUUCGGCAUCGUCUAUAA